CGCUUCCUGCUGCUCUUCUCCUCUUCUCUUUGAACAAACCUUCCAUCUCUUUUCUUUCUUCAUCUUCUUCAUCUCCAAUUCUUGCAAUCGAUCACCCAUCUCUUCCCUCGUCCCUUCUUUUCUUUUGGGACGGUUUCUCCAUCAUUGAGCUCUUUCAUCCUCCCACUCACACUCCCCCAAUCUAGACCCGCGGCGAUGGGUGGAGACAUGCCCCGACAAGCUCCCAGCGCCCUUCCCCGGACUCCCCAAGGCCCCGUCGGCCAGCGCAUUCAAUCCAUCUACACCGACCGUCUCAAGCAAUUCACUGCCACCGGUCAAUACCAGGGCCAGAACCUUCUCUCCAAAUUCUACGAGGCUGUCAACUCCGACGAGGACCAUGUCAAGCUUUCCGUAUACUCCGUCCCCGACCUGCAGCGUCCACCCUUCAAGGAAGCCACAUCUCAUGAAUUCAAACCCACCCACAUUGGGGCCUCAUUUGGUCCAAGCUGGUCGACCCAUUGGUUUCACAUCCGCUUGACUGUUCCCUAUGACAUGCGCGACAAGGAACGCUUGGAGUUCCAUUGGGAUGCCAAUAACGAAGGCUUGAUUUGGUCGGAAGAUGGCCGGCCCUUGCAAGGUCUCACCGGUGGAAAUGAGCGCAUCGAGUGGAUCAUCCCCGACGCCUGGCGCGACGGAAAGGAACAUGUCUUUUAUAUUGAAAUGGCCUGUAACGGCAUGUUUGGUAACGCCCCUGGUGGAGAUUCCAUUCAGCCUCCCUCGCCCGACAAAUAUUUCACCUUAAGUAAAGCUCAGAUCACUGCGGUGAAUCUUGAAGCACGGGCGCUGUUUUAUGAUUUCUGGAUCAUUGGAGAUGCUGCGAGAGAGUUCCCGGGAGAUUCUUGGGAAAAGCACGAGGCCAACAUGGUGACUAACGCCAUAAUUGAUGCUUUCAUUGCGGGCAAUGGGAGCCAAGAGUCUAUCAAAGAGGGCCGCAAGAUUGCGAGGAAGUAUAUCGGCGACAAAGUCGACACUUCGCAGGUAUAUGACACCGACACGGAUCCCAUCGUCUAUGCAAUCGGUCACUGUCAUAUCGACACUUGCUGGCUCUGGCCUUGGGCGGAAACAAAGCGUAAGGUGGCCCGCUCUUGGUCGAACCAGUGUGAUCUGAUGGAUCGCUAUCCGGAGCAUCGCUUUGCUUGUUCCCAAGCACAGCAGUUUAAAUGGCUGAAAGAAUACUACCCCUCAGUGUUCGAUCGCGUCAAACAAUGGGUCAAGAAGGGGCAUUUUCAGCCCAUCGGUGGCAGUUGGGUCGAGCACGACACUAACAUGCCCAGCGGCGAGUCGUUGGUGCGACAGUUUCUCUACGGACAGCGCUUCUUCCAGAGUCACUUCGGAGAACGUUGUACAACCUUCUGGCUUCCAGAUACCUUUGGCUACUCUACACAGAUUCCUCAGAUUUGUCGUCUGGCUGGAAUGAGCCGGUUCUUCACCCAGAAGCUUAGCUGGAAUAAUAUUAACAACUUUCCCCACACUACCUUCCAAUGGGUGGCGCUGGAUGGGAGUCAGGUCAUGUGUCACAUGCCUCCAUCCGAGACUUACACUGCGAGCGCCCAUUUUGGCGAUGUCAAACGCAGUGUGACUCAGCAUAAAUCGCUGGACAAGGACAACACAUCGCUCUUGGUCUUCGGUAAGGGUGAUGGUGGAGGUGGCCCAACCUUUGAACAUCUGGAGAAGUUGCGUCGUUGCCGCGGAAUGAGUGACAAGGUGGGCUUGCUUCCUCGCGUGAAGAUGGGGGAAUCUGUCGAUGACUUCUUUGCGCGACUUGAAAGGAAGGCGGAAGCUGGUACCAAAUUCGCAACUUGGUAUGGCGAACUGUACUUUGAGCUCCACCGAGGCACGUACACUACGCAAGCCAACAACAAGCGAAACAAUCGCAAAUCUGAAUUCCUACUGCGGGAGAUCGAGUACCUUGCCACUCUGGCAUCGCUUCAUGGUGACAAAGGUUAUCAGUACCCUAAGAAGGAUAUUGAUGACAUGUGGGAGGGUGUUCUUCUCUGCCAGUUCCACGAUUGUCUUCCCGGAAGUUCCAUCGAGAUGUGCUAUGAUGACUCGAACAAGCUCUAUAAGCAAAUCUUUGAAACAGGUCAGAGGGCCAGAAAGGAAGCGCUUGGAGCUCUGGGAAUCGGCAAGAAGAAGACUAGCAAGGAGUUCGUCGCACUCAACACACUACCUUGGUUCCGUUCCGAAGUUGUCAAAGUUCCCUCUGAACUUGUAGCCUCGGGCGGUCCCAAGUAUAUAUUGGUCAAUGGAGAAACUGGUCUCAUUCGAUGCCAAACCCCUGCUCCUUCCAAGGCAGGUCCUGCUGUUACAGUCUCCGAAAUCGAGCCUGGCGUCUUCCGCCUGCAGAAUGAAAACCUCAGACUCGAUAUCCAAAACGGUGUGAUUACAUCUUUGUACGACCGUGAAGUGGAUCGUGAAAUCAUACCCAAGGGCGGGAAGGCUGGGCAACUGGUCAUUUUCGACGACAAGCCUCUUUACUGGCAGGCUUGGGAUGUGGAGGUCUUCCAUCUCGAUUCCAGAAAGGAACUGCACUAUAAAAAGACGACCAUUUCCGAGAAGGAUCCUUACCGUGUCAGUGUCGUUAGCGAAACGCAGAUCAGCGAGAAUAGCUGGAUCAAGACCACUAUCAGCCUCACUGCUGCGAACGGAACCCAGCCUUCCUACGUCGAAUUCGAGAGUGAGGUCGAAUGGCGUGAGACCAUGAGAUUCCUCAAGGUCGAGUUCCCUGUGGACAUCACUAACACGGAGGCGUCGUAUGAAACACAAUAUGGAAUCAUUCGGCGUCCGACGCAUUACAAUACCAACUGGGAUAUGGCCAAGUUUGAAGUAUGCUGCCACAAAUGGGCUGACCUGUCCGAGUACGGCUAUGGAGUGUCAAUCCUCAACGACUCCAAAUAUGGCUUCGCCACUGCCGGCAACCUGAUGCGUCUCUCGCUGCUGCGCGCCCCUAAGGCGCCAGAUGCCCACGCAGAUAUGGGCCGGCAUCACAUCCGCUAUGCUAUCCUCCCACAUGCAGGACCACUGGAUGCGCGCACAAUUCGAGCCGGGUACAGCUUCAACCAUCCUCUGGUCCUCGAAGCGGCAAGCGGCCAGGAGGUCAGCGACGCGUUCAAAUCGGUUGCGCUCUCCGGAAACCCGUCUUUGGUCAUUGAUGUGAUCAAGCGUGGCGAGGACGACGAGGACGUGUCCCGAGACAAUUUGCCUCGGCGCUCCGGUAAGAGUGUCAUCCUCCGUAUCUAUGAGUCGCUCGGAGGCAAGAGCCGCGGCACCAUCCGCACCAAGCUCCCCAUCAGCAAGGCCUGGAAGUGCAAUGUGCUUGAGGACGACGAGACUCCUCUUGCGCUUGUGCAACGUGCCGAAGGCACCACGGAUAUUGAUAUCGAGCUGAGGGCCUUCGAGGUGGCGACGUACCGUCUGCAGCUAUAGUUUUUGUGCGUUGUGUUUCACUCACCGGUGUCAGCCACAUUGUAGUGACAAUUGUAUCAGACCGCCACACAACGGAAAACAUAUUGUUCAUUGAUCACAGAUGUUGUUCUUGGUAUAUAGUCAAAACAUGAAUCAACACCAACAAUGCAAAGGGUAG